ACCUUACUAUUUAUUCGGUUCAUGAAUGAAUAUCAGUUGACGUAUAGGUUAAAAAUUAGGUAGGCCUAUAUUAGUGGGACCACUUCCCCUUAGAACCUACGCACUUAUUGUUGAGAAGGAGAAUCAAAUUGUAUUAAUAUAAAUCAAAUCAGGGUAUAGAAACCAAGUGGUUUUAUAUUUAGAGCUGUGUAAUAACUCUUUCUAUUGGUUUGGUCAAUAUCAGAGGCAUUUCGCCAUUACAAGGUUGAAGGAUUCUAAUCAAAAUCUUUUGAAAAUGCCCGUCAAAUCAAAAUGGACAGCUUAGAGGUCUUUGUCGAGAAUUACGGUGAACCGGACAGCGGAUAGUCCUCAGAUUCUGAGCUGACGAAAAAUUGCAAAUACGUCGCUUGUCCAGAGUCAAGACGACCCUGCUGUUUUAAUUAACUGAUUCACGACAAAGACUGCUUUGUCAUGAAGGGCUAUUGACAAUAGAUUCUCUACGUUCCAGGAAGCGUCUGCGUAGUGGUUGCGAAAACUACCCAAUACGAUACAUGUACUCAAAGAUAUAUCGAGAGCUUCUCUAAACGAUAAUCCAUGGAGGAUUUAUAACUGUUCGCAACGUUUUGGAUUGAAGUAAAAUCCUAUAAAAAAGACCCUCACUAACUGUCUUCUAUGUAGAGGAACAGAACAAUCUACUGUGUGAUUAAGCAAUUAAUGAUAAUCUUUCCAAACAAUGAAGACAGGAUGAUGAAGCCAGUCAUUGACGCUGAUGUUAUUUCCGAUGAAGAAAGUAUUCGAAAUGAUGAAAAAAGGAUUGCUGAUGAUAAAAAAAAAAUCCCACGCUGCCGCCAAUAUAAUGAUCCCAAUCUCAACUUAUUGAGUGAUAACCUAUACACGCACUUCCGAUCAUUCAUCCGCUUUUGGUGGUAUAGAGAAGGAAAAUAAUAUUAGUAGUGUGUGGGGCUAAAUCAAUUUUCUAACGACAGGUUCGAAAGCGGACUGUUGUGUUGGACACUAUUUUUCAGGUGUGAUUUGCUUUUACGAAGAGGAAGCAUAUGCAUGCAAACAUCUCCCAAAUAAAACCCCAGAUUGCGUUAUGUUCCUUUUUGUCUCGUUUACAUUUCAUUGGGCUCAGUAGUAGUAUCGAGUAGCGUUGAACAACACAAUUAAAAGAGAAUGAUUAUGCUUGUGAUUAGGCAACUAUGAGGGAAAUUGUUGUAUUCAUAGUACUACCGCUCAUUUUCAGUUUCCAUGCACUUGACAAAAUGAAUGACACACUUUUAAUAACCAGAAUAAGAUACAACAGAACAUAAUUAAUAACAGAAACUCUGCAAGAAAUAGAUGCCUUCCCUUUUUUUAAUUUGUACCUUACAAAGUAGUAUAGAAUUUGCUACCAUAAAUUUUGAAUGAUGUAUAAUAGACCACAUAUAGUAGGGGGGGGACAUUUGAUAUUGUGUACCACCACCCUUUCAAAACUGAAAUAAUAAAUCAUAUUAUCACCUCAUCACACUCUUUGAGAUAUGUCGUUAUUAAUGACUGGGCCAUGUAUCUUCUCCAUGGGCGGAAAUCACAGGGGGGGGGGACAGGGACGCGUCCCCCUACCAUUGUGGGGGGCACAAUAUUAAAUGUCCCCCCUAAUAUUUGUGGUCUAUUAUACAUAAUUCAAAAUUUGUAAUAGAAACAAAAAGUUUUUCCCAAAUGUGCCCCCUUCCCCUUUGAAAGUGAUAACCCUUUUUUUGUUUUGCUUGUUCAAUUAUCCGUGGGAAAAUAUGCCCCCCCCCCCUCUUGGAAAGUCCUGGAUCCGCCCCUGGUUCCUCCUACCUUGGGGAGAGAUUUCCGCCUAUGAUCUAUUUUACGCUCUAUCAGAAAAUGAAAGAUUUCUGAAGAUGUUCAUAACUUUAUGGCAUCGUAAUUCGACCUGACUGUUUUCCUUACCCGAAUUGCUUAUUGUCUCUAAAAGAGUAAGAGGUAAAUUGGUAAGAGGAAACAUCUUUAACGGGGAAAACCAGCAACAAAGUGAUUGUGGAACAAACCUGUCAUAUUAACUUUUCCUCGUUACACUCACUGAAAAGUUAUUGCCUCAACAUAUUCAUUUAGAGGCAAACUAUUUUGAAUUUUAGAGGUAGUCGUUUAGUUCACGAUGUUAUAACGUUAUCGUCAGUUAUAAGUUUGUGCUCUCUGACGGUGCGAUCAAUAUUUUGAAAUUGAUAAUUCUUCAUGGUUAAUUCAUCUUCUGGUUCGUUGAUUAGUGUGGAAGUUGGAAAUACUAACCAGUUUAGUUCAACAAUGAUAAGAGGACAGCAACCGACCUUCAAAUCAGUCUUGGACAGCUCAUUGGCGAAACAAACUUUGUUGGGAUUUCUAUUUUUAAAGGUUUUGAAAUUGUUCUCCUCCAAGGUUGUCGAAAUAUGACACUGUUCAUGUGCAUCACGAACAUCACCUACGCCAAAUUUACCCUUGAUUAAUUUCCGUAGAAUCAAAACCAAAGAUUCGCGGUUGCAAUAACAAAAAAUCGCUUCAUUGCAAAAACAUUGGAUACCUCACUGAUCUGAAUGAAUUUAUUUCGUACGAGUGACACUGACUGUUUCAUUUUCAGAACAGCAAACCUAGUCUACGUUUGGAAAGUUACUGUGAGAAGAAGGUGUAGAAAAGGAGCAAUUAAUGAUUUUAGUCAAUUGGCAUAGCGAGUUUCUGUGCAAUUACACCAAUCGAUCAAGCAUGCUAUUCAUGAUUAGCGUUAAACUUCAAGAUAAUUUGAACAAGGUCAUUUCGUUUCCUCGCCGUUGAGAAGUUGAAUAUAAUUCGUAUUGGAAUGAUUGAUGCGCCUUAUUUAUAUUUCAUCGAAACAUUGAUAAGUUAUGAUUACAGUCGUUUGAUUUGGAUAAGUAAAUAUACAUCGAGGUUAGAACAAAAGUGAAGAAAAUGGAGAGCACUGGUGAUACUACAAUGCUAAGUCAAACCAUGAACCUGACUUCGAUGCCGACUUCGGGAGAUAGCUUCAAGUUCGACGACCGCGCCCAGCGUCUCGUGGUGGCGAUUACAUUCAUCAUCGUAUCCAUACUCGGUACCGUCGGCAACACACUGGUCAUCACAGCCGUUGCGAUCUCGAGGAAGCUUCGUACGAUCACGAAUGUAUUCGUUGUCAAUCUGGCCGUGGCCGAUCUCUUGACGUCGUUGUCCAUCCCUUGGAACGCUGUUGCACUUAUCAGUAAGAAUGGAUGGCCUCUUCAUCCGUAUAUAUGUACACUAGCCGGUGGCAUCACGUACCUGUGUAUCGUGGCGAGCCUUUAUUCUCUCGCAUCCAUCGCCAUCAACCGCUUCAUUCUUGUCACCAAGAAGCACCGUAUCUACCAGAAGAUCUUCACCAAGCUUAAUCUCGUCAUCUGGAUCAUCCUGAUCUGGGUGGUGUCCUUUGUCCUUGUCGUCUUCCUCCCGAUCGUCGACGUCGGCGGGCUCGGGUAUAACGAGAAGUACAGCAUAUGCGGCCAGUCGUCGUCGCACCCGAAGGACGACAUCUACCAACUGGUCCAGGCCAUUGGAUCUUUCCCAAUUCCACUCAUCAUCAUCUGCUACUCCUACAUCAAGAUCUUUCUCCAUGUGAGAAGUCACAUGAAAGUGAUGAGCACACACAUGCCGGAAUCUCACCAAACGGAUAGUACCGCGGUAGAGUCCAUAUCACAUACAACAUCGAGUGAAGGUCAAACUGUUAAACCACAGAACAAUGAUCAGCCUCCAACUUCUGCAGAGCACCAGGGAAAGUCAAAGAUGUCGUCCGCUCUGAGCGACAUCUCGGAGAACGGUGGCAACAAAACCCUCAACGCCAACGGUAACGAAAAGACUGACGCCAACACCAACACCAAUAACAGCAAAGUAAGCAUCACAGCCAGAGAUUCAUCCACCGAACUCAGGUUACGACAAGGACGCAGUCUUAACCGUCGCCAACUGCAGAUCACUAAAAACAUGUUCGUGGUCGUCUGCGCUUUCUUUUUGUGCACAGCGCCUUUCACAGUUUGUCUCUUCUUCGACGACAGCGAUCCGUUCGUACCUUAUGCAAGUGCGAUCGUUCUCUGCAAUGCCUGUAUCAACCCGAUCAUCUACGCCACCAAGCACCCAGUGUUCAACACUGUUAUGAAGGUCAUGGUCACCUGCAGAUUAAGAGAUGUCCCAGAGCCAUCAAGGAUGUUGCAUCGACUCACAAUUCGAUAGAAAGAAAACUUUUUUUUAUCUUGAAAGGGAGCGAACUCAUCAACACUGUGUGUGGACUCUCAUUGAGUGUUUGCAAUAAAUAGCUGGUCUUAAAAUAUGUCUUUUGAGAUUAGUAAUAUUUAUACAGAGAAUGAACAAACCUAUGAUAUUUUUGCAAAGAAAAUCCGAAAUAUUUUUAAGAGGAAAGUACCUGUUUUGCUACAUUGUAUUAAGGAGUGAAUUAUCAGUCAAGUGGGCCUUAGUUUAAUACAAAACUACAUUGCUCAGAAUGUUUCAUUAUGGGUUACAAAUCUGGCCAAAUGUGAGAUGUUGUUAUUAAGGCUGCUGAUUUAUAUCUGCUUUAAGUCAAGUAAAGCCCAGUUUAACACCAAUUUGGUUUGAGUAGUGAAAUAAUUGGCAAAACGUUUUCUCUCUAACAGAAUAUGUUCACAUUUAAAGGGGAAUCCAACCCAAAUAAAAACUUGCUUUUAGAGGAAAAGGGAAAAUCAGACAAGAUGAUGGGUGAAAGUUUUAAUAAUAUUGGACAAAUAAUAAGAAAGUUAUGAAUUUUUUAAAGUUUUGAAUAUUGGUAAUCACUAUACCUAUGGAGAUCUCAAAUUGACCACAAAUGUGAUGUCAUAGUGAUGUAGGGCAAGGACUACUCUUCCAUGUACUCCAAUAUAUAAAAGGGCUAAAAUUAUAUUUUAUUCACCAAUUUUACUUCAAAAUAUAUUUUUCUUUCAUGAGGACAUAAAACAAUAUACUACCUAGGCUAUAUUUAGAUUACAGCCACAGGGGAAUGGGUACUUAGGAGAAAACCACAAUUACUGAUAAAAAAGUACCUGGUCUAUGGAAAAGUUGUCCUUGCCCAUAGUCAUAAUUUACUUACUCAGUUGCCAAUUUGAAAUCUACAUAGUCUUAAGGAUAUCAAUUUUAAAACAGCCAUAACUUUUUUAUUGUUUGUCCAAUUUCUUUCAAACCUUCACCAUUCUGUUUUAUUUAUUUUUCUCCUGUCAAACACAACAUAAUAUGACCAAGGCUGGAUUCCCCUUUAAUAUAUUUGCAUUGGUCGGACGUCCAUAGAGAUAGGACGAGACUAGGAAGGGCUGUGAAAGUACUGACUUUUUGGAGUUCCGUCCGCACCAGAGGCGUCCAAUUGUUAAUAGAAACCCAAAUUUGGAUGCGGAAAUUUUUGCCCUAGGGCCUGUUGCAUAAGACUUUUGCCCUAAAACAACUCUGGCAAACAAAACUAUGCCAUUGAUACUUAACACAUUGAAAAACUCUGGCAAAAAAGUUGUCAUAGUUUUUCUUUCACGCAACAGGUCCCUGAAGGGUUAAGGAACGAAAAAGACAGCUUGUGAUUAUUUUUUCAGGAAUGUCUGGGCAGCUAGCGGAAGGGACAUGGAUAAAAAAAUUUGCAUUGUGACGUUGUACUGGCUCCAGGAACUCCUGGGCCCCGUAACACAAAGCUUAGCCAUGAAUAGCAAAUAUGAGAGAACACUUCGAUUGGUUCCUGGUCAGUAUUUUGCGCCAAAUGCGCGUGUAAUAUUGAUUUUGAUUGGUCAGUUCAUUUAGCGAUUGAUCGCUAAUCUUUGUGUUACGGAGCCCUGGUCAGCAAUUCAUGAAAGGUCUUUUCGGACUUUUUUUCCGACAAGUCCUGUUUUAUCUGACAAUUACCACAUGAACUGUGCUCUCAACCAAUAAAAAUCAAGGAAAGUCGUCAAAUCUGACAGCUUUCAGACAAAAAAUAUUGAGGAAAUGCUCAAAAUUUUUGAAGGAAUGAAAUCUAAGAAACCGGUUGACGGGUUCAUGUAUAUAAAACAGGAAAAAAAAUCAAUGUUUGUUUGAGAAAAAAAAUUAAUGAAUAAGUUACAUUUUGUUGAUAUGUUAUUUGUAUUGAGUGUUUAAAGAUGUCGUCAAAUUUGAUAAGAAAGGAGAUGUGUUCUAUAAAUCUUGUUUGAGCAAGUUGACGUUUUAAAUGGGAAGUUCACCCUGACAAAAAGUUUGUUGUAGAGAUAGCAGGAAAAAAAAAUUUGUUGCUAUUUUUGCAACAAAAUUUUUUGUCAGGGUGAACAUCGCCAUUAAUCAUAGUGUGAAUAUAUUAAUGAAGCUAUAUGUUAAGAACUAUAACGCUAUGAUACACCAUUCGCUGUCUUAUUAAUUAUUUGUAAAUAUUGUAUAUGAUUCAGUAAAUGUUUUUGUAUGAGUAUACUGAUUACAAAAGUUUGAUAUAUUA